CUUCGUCAGCAGGUUUUGGUUAUUGUUUCCUGCGUUGGGUGUCAAGAGCUUCAAGAGUUGGUCGGGGUCAGUAAAAAUAUUUGUUGUUUGUAGAGGCUUGGGAGAAGUGUGCUGUUGAAAGUAUGAAGUUCCAGUACAAGGAGGAACAUCCCUUCGAAAAGAGGAAGGCCGAAGGAGAAAAGAUUAGGAGGAAAUACCCCGACAGAGUUCCAGUGAUUGUGGAGAAGGCACCCAAGGCUCGGAUUGGGGACCUGGACAAGAAGAAAUACCUAGUUCCAUCAGACCUGACAGUAGGCCAGUUCUACUUUCUCAUCAGGAAGAGGAUCCAUCUACGUCCUGAGGAUGCCCUGUUCUUCUUCGUCAAUAAUGUGAUUCCCCCCACCAGUGCCACAAUGGGCUCACUCUACCAGGAGCAUCAUGAGGAAGACUUCUUUUUGUACAUCGCUUACAGUGAUGAGAAUGUUUACGGCAAGUGAGCAUCACCCUCUGCUAUACUUUACAUUUUCUUUCCCAAUGUAAUUAUUAUUGUGGUUAUAGGAUACCAUGGCCUGAUAAGUGCUUCGGAGAGCAGCAUUAAACUUUCAUUUUGCUGUAAUGCUGCCCAUACCAAGAAUAAGGGCACAGUAUUUUCUGUAUUGAUAUAAAUUUCAGUAUUUUGGAACCACACAAUGUUUCGAACAGUCUUUUUCUUCCCAGUAUGUUUAAUUUUUCAUCUUGACAGGAGUCAUUUUUAGUUUGCACUUGUGAUAAUAAAGGUUUGGUUUAAAAUCACAAAAUAUUUGAAGUUGUGGAUCUGAUAAUUAUUGUUAUAACUAUAAUAUUGGAUGGAAUGUAUAUAUCCAUACAGUGGUGUAAAUAAAUGUUUCUUUAUUUUGAA